GUUUCAAGAUGGCGACGACAUUUGAUCAGGAGCUGCGAAAGGUACGUUGGUUUUUUUUGGAUCCUUUAGCUAUGGAGGCAGGAAUAUUUUUUAUCAAAGUCUUUUUGGCUAUGAAAAUUAAUAAUUCUAAGGCCAUGCGAUGUUUUCUCGAUGACUGGCAUUGCAACACUUAAGUUUGAGGGCUGUAAAUUUAACAGUGCAGAGCAAAAAUAUAAGCUUACCUCGGUCACCCAAGUUGAAGUACAUUCACAGUCCCUCUCUUAAAUGUAUUUAGAGAAUUAAAAUGAAACGUGAAAAAAUAACGGAUUUUUCUGUUUGAAAGGCAGUUGCAAACAUACAGGCUAUCGUCAAAAUAAUAUUUGUGAACAUUGCCUCCUAAAGUCCUAGGGCAAUCAAGAUAUGUUGCAGUUAUUUUUUUAUUUCAGUCAGUUUUUGUUUUUCCUUGUUUCUGGGUGUGGUAAUGUAAGCUAAUAAAUUUGAAACAAAGGUAAAACAGAAAUUAACUGAAAUGAAAAAAUUACCUGCAACAUCAAUCACCUGUAAUCAACUGCAAAUGGAAAUUGAAUAAGAGAUAAAAUCUUACCUGUUGAAUUUGAAUUUGCUGUGGUGCGAAGUGGAACUGAAGUUGUUUUACAAUGCAAAAACUAUGUUCAAGUCAACCUUUUAACCGUUGUUGAUUUCACAAUGCUUUAUGUGGUAACGCCCUGGUUGUUAUUAUCGUCUUGUGUUUCAUUGUUGGUUAUUAAUUUAUUAACAAUUUGAAUUAACGGUAAUAAUUAGUGACAAGGGUCAAAACUCGAUAGCUGCUCUUGUACAAUCAGUGCCUCCGGUGCGAUGCAAUGCACCGCGAGGUAACAUUCCACGAUGACCAUUCAGUUAAAACGAAAACAACAAGGCAAUAUCUGCAUGUAUAUGCAAUCAAACUUGAAACAAUCUCAGAACCAAGCAGAAAAGCUCAAGAAACUUUCAGAUGUCAAAUGCAAAGUUAACUUCCGCUCCAGUCAAGUGGAGGCAUUCAUAAAUCGAGAAGUCAGUAGUCAAUUUCUGAUCAUUUUGAAUACGAAGACUUUUAUUUUAAAUGGAAAAGAGUGGCCCAUCGUACAUUUUAUCCCUUAAACUGUUGUUGGAAUGAAUUUUGUGAAAAAAAUGCGUGUAAUACUUGAGUACGGCUUGAAAAUAAAUCGGCCCUCAAAUUAAUUUCAUCCCUUGUCUCUUUUUUCUUACUCUCUCUCGAAUUGUUAAUAAAUUAAUAACCAACAAUGAAAUGCGAGAUAAUAAUAACAACCAGCAGAUGACCACCUAAAGCAUUGUGAAAUCAACAACAGUUAAAGCAUCGACUUGAACAUAGUUUUCUCAUUGUAAAACAACUUCACUUUCACUUCAUACCACAGCAAAUUCAAGAAUAAAACAAAACAGUUAAGAUUUUAUCUCUUUUUUAAUUUCCAUUUGCAGUUUACAAAUAAGAGCGUGGGUUCCCUAUGAUCACCUCUUUAAAUUAUCAAGAAAUAACAGAUCUUAAUUAUCAAGGUGAUAUAAACCCCUCUGUGGACCCACUGUAAUUGGCUAGACUAUAGUGGUCUCCCUGCUUCAUAAUUUUGUGUGAGUAAGUAUUGUUUUCUAGUUAGGCCAAGCUAAAUAAAUAAACAAACGUAUGGCUACUGUAUUAAAGAAACAAUGACGAGUUAUCUACUUUAAAUUGUUGAUUCUAAAUGCAAGAGUCAAACAUGUCAGGUAAAUGCUUUUUAAUACAGGCAUUUCAAGAACUUCAAGGGAAGAUGAUUGAAACUACACAGCGAGUUAAGUUAGCAGAAGGUCAAAUAAUGCAGCUGAGAAGGAAUAUAGCUCACGCCAAACUUACAGACCAAGAACUUGCUUCCUUGCCUCAAGAUACAAAAACAUAUGAGUCUAUAGGAAGAAUGUAAGUGGCUAAGCUUUUGCAUUAAAAUUAUAUUGCAGGUGCCCAGCUCUGUUUGGUUGAAGCUUAAAAUGUAAGAGGAUGAACUGGUAAUUUUGAAGGAAAUUCUGUCUUAACAAGCCUGAGGACCCCAUCCUCAAUUUGUUUAAAAACUCUAGAUCUAUUUUCAGACCAAGACUGGUAAAGAAGACUUUGGCACCAUACAAUCUAGCCUACAUUGCCUCUGACUCAAGCAUAGUCUACAUGCUUAUGUACCUAAAUUUAGACAUAGGCACAGACAUAGACAAUGUUUUAGUUUGGGUCUUCUAUCUACAGCUUAGAACAAGACAUGAUGAUAUCUUGCCAAAAAUGCUCUUGUUUUCUGGUCCUUGUCUUAAAGCACAAGGUGUUUAAUAAAGUCCAUUGGGACUCAGCCAGACAAAACUGUUAGCAUUCAACAAGUAAAACAUACGAUAAAUCUAUCAUGUUUCAAGGAUGGAUUUAAAUGUUAGUACAAGGAUUGGUUAAUGCAUGAACAAUAAUGUGCUGCUUUUUUUCCAAAUUAGGUUUGUCCUUCAACCUGUUUCUCACAUUAGAAAGGAACUUAGUGAAAAACUCCAGAGUAAUGAAGAAAAAAUAAAGAGCAUUGAGGUAGCUAUCUGUAACUGUGGAUGUGCUCAUAGUCAUCUUUUUCAAACUUAUUUCCAUAAUCCAUUCUCAUUCUUAAAGCUCAUGGGGAAAGAAUCAGGAAAAAAAGAUCUGCACAAGAUGCUGUCCCACUCCAGGUUUUAGGAAUUAUCUUAAUUGGAUAUUAGUCAGCUUGAUAAAUCUGAAAUAGAAAAGGCAAAACUUAGGGCUUAAAAUAAAACUUUGAUUAUUUCUUUAAGUUUGUUUUCUUGUUAUCUCCGAGACUAGUUUGGGGAGUGUGUGAGUUAUUAAUAUUGAAACUGGUAAAGAUGAAAUGUCUGCUAUAGCAUUCAAAAGUGUACAGUAAAGCUGUGAUAAUGAACCAUUAGGAAAGACCCGAGUAUAGUGUAGUAAAAUAUUAUUUUUUCCUAUCUUGAACAGUUAAAGUGAAUUAAUAAUCAGUUUAUUGAGUACAAUGUGUUUUAUUGUCUUGUAUGUUAUGGUUGUGAUGCAGUACAUUUAUACAGUCAUUUCCUUGUAUUAUUUCUUGCAGGCGAACAAGGAAUAUCUUCAGAAAAGUGUUAAAGAGCAUGAAGAUAACAUAAGAGAGAUGCUAGCCAGUAGACCGAAAUAACUAAUGUACUGUGAUAAUAAAUGUUAUUGUGUGUUCCACAAUUGGCCCUAUCUUAUAUCAUCGUGAUACAAACUGGACUACCUCUCCCAGUCUAUUGUUAAGUCUCCUUUCAAUUUACUAAACAAAAACUGUAGUAGAAUUUAAAGUUUUUGGUGAUAUUGAAAACGACAGCAGCUUCUGUCCUAUCCAACUGACAGGUAACUGACUAGAGAAUGGCUACACUGUAAAUCCUUGUUCAUACAACCAUCUGUAAGUUUGUUGAACUGGCACAGAUGCUUAAUCAAUUCAGUAGAAUUCAGAGUUAUGUGUUUACACAAUAAAAAAGUCUUCACUAUGCAGG